AACGCGGCCGAGCUCUAUGGUGCUGCCGGGCCCCGGCCAUGGGAGCCGAGCGGGAGGCUCGGGCCUGCGCUACCUUCUACGGGGAGCUGGCUAUCGCUCAGCCCGUCCUCUCCUGCCUGCGCUGCCUGCGGCGAUUCGCGGGGAGUACUGCCAAGAGAUGCAAAGACAAGCACCUGGAGGAGGCUCUCCUGCUGUCGCGGGUGCUGAGCGAGGGUCUGCGGGUGCUGGGUGAGGCGGAGGCACGGCCCCUGCUCCGCUGCGUCCUGGCUUUCCAGAUGGAGGCAACCGGCAGCUCCAGCUCCUUCCAGAAACUGGAACAGAUAGUGACCCAGCUGGCGGUGGGGAAGGAAGCCCUGCUGGCCCAGGAGGUGGGCGCGCUGCUGGCUGGCCUGGCACCGCAGGGAGAGGUGCUGUCUCCUGGGGACCUUCAGUCAGUCUGCAUGUUCAUGGAGGAGAGCAGCCUGGGCCGACAGCACUGGCGGCAGAACCUGGCCCCGCUGCUGCAGCGCCUGGCCACCACCUUGCGCUGGGUACUGCAGAGCCAGCCUGCACCCGGCGGCACGUGGGACUACCUGGUCAUCAAGGCCUGCCUCCAGCUCUUCCAGGCGCUGCCGAAGGACGUGGCCCCCCUGGUGUGGAGCACGGCGGGGAAGAGCGAGACCCUGCAGAGCCUCUUGGGAUCGCUGCUGGAGGUGGCAUGGGGGAAGGCCCCGAACAAGGACACGAGGCUGCUGGCAGGCACGGCCCUGAGCAUGCUGGUGAACACAGCCCCCCAGCCCGAGCACGGGGCUAGCGCCACGCUGGCCCUCUUCCAGCUCUCUGACCGAGCAGGCGCGGGGGAGCUGAAGUUUGGGGAGCUGGCGGUGGAAGCCCCCCAUGUCCUGGAGCCAGAUGGGCUGGAGAAGCUGGUGCUCACCAGAGGUUUGCUGACAUGCUGCAGGAUGGAAAUCCUCAGCUGCCAGCUGGAGAGCUUCACCCACAAGGCCUGCCUGCUGCUGGACGUGGUCUUUCCCGCUGUGUGUGCCUUGACCAAGGAGCAGAAGGACUGCCACUACUACUACUGCUUCCAAGCCUGCGCCCUGUGGCUGCAGCGCCUGCGGGAGAGCCUGCCUGCCGUCUGGCACCUGACAGGGACCCGCAUCCUGGCCCAGGACACCGAGCUGCUCCGGCAGCUCACCCGGCUGGUGUGGGACAACGCCGAGACCCCGGUGGAAGGGGUGUCUGAGUUCAUCCACAGCUCCUUCCGAUUGCUCCUGGAGAUCUACCACCUUGAGUGCCAGCGCUUCCAGGACCAGGAGAGACCCCUCUACCAACAGACGCUGCAGAGGGUGGUCUCGAUGCCGUGGCAAAUCAAAGCCAAAUACGUACCCCUGUGUGCCGUCGUCCCCUAUGUGGGCAGCCAGCAGGUGCUGGACGCCUACCCGGACCUGCCGCAGCACCUCCUGAGCUGCCUCUCCACCAACCACCUCUGUCCCGCGGCCACCGAGGUCUACAAGGCCCUGGUGCGGCAGCAGCGCGCCGAGCGGCAGGACGGGCGGCGGGACGCGGAGUCGGCUCUGGCAGAGCGGUGGGCGCUGUGCUGGCUGCCCCUGCUCUCCCAGGCGCUCCGCUCCCCCCUGCCCAUCCUGCAGAGCAACGCCGCCAACCACCUCCUCGCCUGGACCCUGCGGCAGCUCCCGGCCACCCAGGCACCGCUGGCCGCCCGGUUCGGUGGCCGGGACACGGCGUCACUCCGGGCUUGGGUCUCGCUGCUGAAGGCGCAGAAUAGCGUGGCGGGGGACCUGCCGCUGCGGGGCGAGGCGCUGGAGCGGCUCUCCUGCUGCCUGGGUGCCCGCGAGGAAGGCGUUCGGCUGGCGGCACUGGGUCUCCUCUGCUGCGGCCCCAGCACCAGCCGGCCCCUCUCGGGCACCGAGGCGAGGCUGCUGCGGGAGUUCCUGCCCCUCAACCUCAACUGCGACUCCUCCUCGUUUCGGCAGCUGCUGCAGGCGGCGGUGAGGAAGGCGCUGGUCCGGCUGCGGGACAGCUCGCUGGCCCAGCUGCGAGGGAAGGUGCCCCGAGGCACGGAGCCAGGCGAGGGAGCGGGGCGGCUCGCCCGGGCGGUAGGCUUUGUGGAGUGGCUGCUGCAGCUCAGCGUCGCCUCGCUCAGCCCGGGCUCCAACUACCAGAGGAAGAAGACGGCUCUGCUCCUUCUGGCUGCUGUUUUGGAGACCUGCACGGACACCUGGAGCCCCGAGAGGAAGAAAGGCCAGCCCCCGCGGACCAUGGCCACGCUGCUGAGCUACGCCAGGGAGAGCGGCCGCUGGGACUUCUUCUCCCGGCCCAAUUUGUUGGCGCUGCUGAGCUGCUUGCAGGACAGCACUAACGAGAUCAGAGACUUGGCCUCGGAGCUGCUCGUCCGCUACUUCCCCGCCACGUUCCCCGAGCCCAUCGCCCUAGCUCUCUUCCAGCUGGCCCAGGACGCCCUGCGCAGCCCCCGAGUGCAGGAGGCUGAAGCCGGAGCCGUGCUGAUGAAGACCAUCCUGCAGAAGUCAGACAGUGGCACCAUGAAGAGCCUGGCCCUGGAGGCCGAAGCAGCCCUGACGCUGCCCAACCGAGGCCUGUGCUUCGCUCAGCACCUUCUCCACGUGCUGCAAGCCCAGUACGCUGCGGCAUGCCGGGACCUUCUGCAGGCAGCAGCCACUGCGCCGAUGCACGGAGCCGUCGCAGCCCUGCGGAGGUGCCUGCUGCAGGUGCCGGAGGUGGCCGCCUCCAUGCGGGCAGCAGAGUUGGCGCAGAGCUGGCAGGAGCUCCUCGCCCGCCUCGUGACCACGGCGAGAGACAUCACCUCCUUCCUCCUGGGUGCUCUGCAGAGCCGGCAAGGCACCGGCACCGAUGAGCAAGCUGCUGCCCCGUCGUUUGCAGACAUGGGGAACGCCAUCGGCUCCCUCAUCAUGCUGGGGAAAGGCCGGGGGCAGGAGGAAGAGGAGGAGGACUCGGUCCUGCUGUCGGAGGAGCACAGCCUGAUCUUGACCUGCUGCUGGGUGUCAGUGAAGGAGAUAGGGCUGCUCCUGGGGGGCCUGGCCGAGCUGCUGCUGGACCCGGCGCUGCCUGCCGGAUCGGGGUCCCUCCUGCCGCUCCCCACCCUGCAGACGGCCACGAGGGUGUUCCAGGAAAUCCUGCUGCGGUGCCGGCACUGGGGAGCGGUGGAGGGCUGCAGCGUGGGCUUCACCAAGUUUUGUGCCGCUCUGCUGAACCACCCAGACGCAGAGCUGCAGGCCAUCCCGCAGACCAUACUGGAGCAGGGCUUAGAAACACUGAGCGGACCCCGGAGCAGCUCGAUCACGCGCCGUGCCGCUGGCUUCCCCAUGCUCUUCCUCUGCAUCGUCAGCGGGGAGGCCCCGGCGCAGGCACGGCCGCUGCUGACCCGCUGCGUCCAGAUGCUGCUGGCCUUGGCCACCACGGCCCUGCCGCGGGACUGGGACCAGACCCUCGACCUCCCGCAGGUGUGCGCCCUCCACGUGCUGCAGACGCUGGUCCGCGGCGCGGGGCUGGGCGGCGCACUGCUGCGGCACGCCGCGCCGAUGGCGGACCUGGCGCUGCGGGGCUUGGGCUCGCCGUGCUGGGCCAUGAGGAAUGCGGCCAUCCAGCUCUUCAGUGCCCUCACGUCCCGGCUGCUGGGCCAGCAGCGGAGCCGUGGGGAGAGCUGCCUGGCGGAGGGGGUGAGCCUGCAAGCCUUCCUCGGGCAGCACCCCGAGCUGGGUGCAGUGCUGCUGGGCGAGCUGGGGGCGGCCGCGGAGCCUGUGCCUGGGGGGCCCCACCUGCGCCCCGCGCUCCACGCCGUCCUCACCCUCCUGGCCCAGCUGCAGCCCGGCGCCGACGGCCCCGGCAGCCCUUCUGCUCGCUUCCUGGGGCCGCUGCUGGGGCUGGCGGAGAGCCCCAGCUACGCCGUGCGAGCGAUGGCCGCCAAGGCGCUGGUGCCGGUCGUCCCGCCGCCCUGGCGCCGGGGGCUCCUCCUGCGGCUGGCCCGGCGGCUCCCCGCAGCGCCCGGACGGAUCCGCUCGCACAACGGCGUCCACGGGCGCCUGCUGCAGAUGCGGGCGCUGCUGGCCCCAGCCCCGGGCACCAGCGGGUUAUCGGCCGAGGCGCUGCGCCCCGUGGCUCUGCAGCUGGAGGCACGAGGCUGGCUGCUCACCCCUGCCCAGCGCUGCCCGCUCGUCCGCGCCGCCUUCCUCCAGAUCCUCGCCCUCCUGCCCGCGUCCUUCAGCCCCGGCUUCGCCCGGAGCAUCCGCGCUGCCGUCGGCACCGAGCUGGGCAGCCUCCCGCCGGGGGGAAAGCUGGGAUGCGCCGAGCCGCAGGUGGGCUCAGCCGUCCUCCACCAAACCAUGGCCCACUUCGUGUGCAGCGAGGCGGCCCGGCUGGCGGACGGCGAGCGGAUCGGUGCCGUCUGCUCGCUUCUUCGGCAGCCGAAUCCUGAUGUCCAGCUUGCCGUCCUGAGCUGGGUGAUCGCUGGGGAGGGAGGAACAUGCAAGGAGCUGGAGAAGGCUCUUGGGCUGACGCUGCUGGAGAACUUGGGAUCGGUGCUGCGAGAGAGAAGGGACAAAGAGUUCCUGAGAUUGUACCUUGAGGCUUUGCUGCAUCUUUACAGAGACCCCUCGUCGUGGUCCCAGGAAGCUUCCCAUAAGCUCCACGGUUCUUCGGCAGCAUCCCUGGAGAUGCUGCUACACAUGGUGGAGGCUGAGCGUCCCGGCCCCGACCUCCUCUUCCAGGCACUGUGUGCCGCCAGCCUGCUGCUCGCCCACCGGGUUGGGGCCAAGGAUGGCCCCCUGGUCGAGCGAUGGUGCGCAGCGCUGGAGGAGUGCAGCCGGUCUGCUUCAUUCGAGGUGCUGCGGCUGGCGGCUGCCCGGUCCCUGCAGACGGCGGGUGCCGACGUGGUGCGGCGAUCCCUGCGUGCUGCCUGUCCCUCGCUCGUCCCCGUGGCUCUGCGGCUGAUAAACGUGGGCAUUCACCUUCUGCAAGACGAGGAGCGGGAGGUCCGGCACGAGGCCUCGGGCUUCGCCAGCCUCUUGCUGCCGGACCCCGGGGAGUCGCUCCCAGACAGCUGCGUCUUUGUGCAGGACAACGUGGGGCUCCUGGGCCUCCUGCAGCUCCUCCUAGCAGAGUUCGGGGAGCACCCCGAAACCUUCGACUCGCUGCUGCAGCACCUCCCCGUCCUAGAUCUCAGGGGCAUCGUGGAGGAGCUGGAGACCAACAAAGCCGCCAGCCUGUACAAGGAGGACGAACCCAAUGUUUUUGCGGAGCCGGCCGUCCUGGCGCGGCACCUGCUCCCCGUCCUGCUGCAGCUCCUGGAGAAGGCGCCUGCUGGCAGCCCGCUCCACGCCUCGGCUCUGCGCUGGCUGUCGGCCGCGGGCCCCGGCGUCCUGCGUGACCUGCGAUACUGCGAGCGCUGCUGGAGCCGAGAGGCUGCUGCCCGCUGGGCGAUGAAGGCGCUGGGCUGUGCCAAGCUGCGUGUGGCUGUGGCCGUGCUGCUGGCGAGAGCCCGGCUGGCAGCAGAGGUGCUGCGUGUGCUGGGGGAUAGUGCCGCCGCCGUGCCGGAGCUGGGCUGCAGCACCCGGGAGCUGGAGCAGGAGCUUGAGGUGGUUCAGGGGCUGCUGGCGCAGCACGGGCUGGCCCCCACGCUGAGCCAGGGUGAUGUGCCGAGAGAGCCGGGACCACCAACCAAAGCUGCCUGAUGGUUCCGGGCGAGGAGCGGCAUCGUGCCAAACCCCGUAGCCACGAGGCUCCCGGUUCGCGCUGCCACGUCCCUGCGUUUGUUGGAUGCUUUGGCUGGCUGCCAGCCAGGACUGCGGGUUCGGUGGUGUAACUCAGGGGAACCCCAUUCGCCGUGUGGGACACGCUCACUUCGUUCCCAAUGUUUUCUAUCUCUCCAUCCCGAGGACACGGGUGCACCAUCGCCCUGGCCCAUGCCUGUGUUCCUACCCACGGCAUCCCUGCCCUCAGGUCUGAUUGGGAGGAGGGGACACGCGUCCCGGAGCCCUCGCACCCCCUUGUGCCGCUUGACUCCCACCACCCGUUUUUUUUUUAACCAACGUUUUAGCUCAUGGCUGACCUGGGCUUUUAUCCCAAAUAAAGUGGCCAAGAACA